AGUAAUGGCAACAAGUUCAUAAUUUUGUUGUCUGCUAUUUUCAUUGUUUUGGUAACUUUGUCUACGCGGUUAUAAAAAUUGUUGAUAAAAUCAUGAAUUUUAAUUAGUAACUUCACUGUUUUCGGUUCGAAAUGAAUGCCGACAAAGAAGCUAUCUACAAAGGCUUAAUAAAGAAAAUUGAAGAAACUGAAAAACUUAUAACAGAUUGUAAAAAUCUACCAGAAAUAUCAGGCAGAUGUAAGCUUCGGCGGAAAAUUGAAGCUGAGCUGCGUUUCCUUAAAAGGUUAACUGAAAAUCCCGAUAAACUAAAGGAAGAACAUAUUCGUAGUUCUAAUAUUUAUCAUUUGUCUGCUAUUGUUCAAAGCUGCAAAGAACUUACUGGUGUUGUGAAGGUUUUGGAAACAUUUACCUAUGUUUUAGAAGAAAAUGAAGAUGAAAUCUAUGAAAUACCUUUAGUUGUUGAUAUAGUUGCAGAUUAUGGUAAAACGUGGGUUAAAGUUGCUACUCGAAACCCUAUUCAUCUUUAUCAGGCUUCCAUUGGACGAGGAAAAUAUGGAAGAAAAUCGAUCGUGGAACAAGUUGAAGAUAUGGUUGAAUGUGCUAAUCAAAACCAACAUAUGUUUGCUCCCCCGAAAAUUAUAGUGCGCUUAGCUGCUGGUGUCACCAAAGAACUGAAAGUGAUGUUGGAUGAUUUGAAAGUAGAAGUAAUUGGUGAUAUCAUUAGUUCUGAUGGUGAACCAAGUUUUAAUGAAAGAGAUGCUACUGAUGAAAAUGAACCUGAAAGUGGGCUGUUGGAAGGCAGUGAAAUAUCGCCAUCUUUUGAAAAACUUAAUUUAAAUUCUAGUGAAGUUGUGUGUGAUAUUUCUAAUGAUUCUUAUAUAUUUGAGAAUAAUUUACUUAAUCCUCAUUCAUUGCCUUCAGAUGCUGUGCUUAAUUUAGAUGUUUCUACGUUUUUAGCAUAUGUAUCUAAUAUGACAAAUGGACACUGUCAUGCAAAAUACAACGAAAAACUUUUAAUGGACUUGGCUGAAAUGGAGAGGGCUCAUCCAGUCAAACCGAUAUUAGAUAGUAUUUUUGAAAAUAGAAAGUUAGUAUGCUGUGAAACAGCUCAUAGAGAUUUUUUAGAAAUCCUUUCAACUGUUGGUGGUGCUGCUGAGAAACAAAGAGCAUCUGUUUUUCUGAAACAAGUUGAAGUUAUACCAGAUGAUCCUUCUCCUAAGGCUCUUUAUCUUGAAAAAACUAGCAAAAUAAAAGAAAGAUCAAAGAUUGUAUUUGGUACUGGGGAUUCCAUUAAAGCAGUCACAGUAAGUGCUAAUUUCGGAUUUCUAAGAGCAGCACAAUCACAGGGCAUAAAGUUUGUUGCUUUCCUCCACGAAUCAAGAGCCCUUACUGAAUGCAAAGAACUUAAAAAUGAAAAUAGUUAACACAUAUGUAAAUUAUAUUUAAAUAUAAUAAAAUAUAUGAUUUAAUAA